AUGGCUACCAGGACUCAAUUUGAAAACUCUAAUGAAGUUGGUGUAUUCUCAAAAUUGACAAACUCUUACUGUCUUGUCACUAUUGGAGGCUCAGAGAACUUCUACUCUGCCUUUGAGGCGGAACUUGGUGAUGCGAUCCCUAUUGUACAUACUACGAUUGCAGGGACUCGUAUUGUGGGCAGAAUGACUGCCGGUAACCGUAGAGGUUUGUUGGUUCCUACUCAAACUACUGAUCAAGAGUUGCAGCAUUUGAGAAAUAGUUUGCCAGAUUCCGUAAAAAUUCAAAGAGUUGAAGAGAGACUAUCAGCAUUGGGAAAUGUCAUAUGUUGCAACGACUAUGUUGCUUUGGUGCAUCCGGAUAUCGACAAUGAGACCGAAGAGUUGAUUGCCGAUGUUCUUGGUGUUGAAGUGUUCCGUCAGACGAUUUCCGGUAAUGUCCUCGUGGGUUCUUACUGUGCAUUGAGUAAUCAAGGUGGGUUGGUUCACCCACAAACUACUGUACAGGAUCAAGAGGAAUUGUCCUCCCUUCUACAAGUGCCAUUAGUGGCUGGUACCAUUAACCGUGGUUCCAACGUUGUUGGUGCAGGUAUGGUCGUUAACGACUAUUUAGCUGUCACUGGGUUGGACACUACUGCUCCUGAGCUAAGUGUUAUCGAAUCUAUUUUCCGUUUGCAAGAUGGUCAACCAGACUCUAUUUCUGGUAACUUGCGUGAUACCUUAAUUGAAACUUACUCUUAA